ACCCAAGGAUCCCUGCAGUGGGACUGAUAGCAUGUCCGGAGGCCGUGUCUGUCUGGUCGAGCACUCUGUACAUUGUCAUAUAUAAUUAAGCGUGCUAUGAGUGAAGUAGCAAUGUCGGAGAGUAAAGAGACGCUUGAAGCGCUCGACUCAAUUAGCGUUCCCGAUCAGGACCAGUCAGUCGAGAUGCGAGAAGCGGGUCCCGAAGCGACUGCCGGCGCCGCAGCCGGCCCACAUCAACUGGUUGUAGUGCACAAUCUCACCAGCUUGGACGGGACCCUUGUGAACAACGGCACGCCGGGAAUCACCACCCCCAGCAAAGGGACAAGAUACCGCCAGCGGUACCGACGAGAAUGGGAGGAUAUUCCCCAAUUCAAAGGUUGGCUGAGCUGUGUGCCGGAGAAUCCAUGUCUCGCGUUAUGCAAACACUGCAAGAUUACGUUCACAGCAAAAAUAUCCGAUAUAAAAUCGCACUCAAACUCGAAUCGGCACCGCGCCGCGUCAACAGGGACUACGUCGAUUUUUAAAUACAGCAAAAAAGUUAUGGGAUCGACUGUCAAAAGCACGGGCGUUCCGUCCCUCGACGCGACAAAUAUUGUGUCGAUGUACCGUGAACUCGCCCGAGUCCCUCAACCUGUGGAUGCGUUUGCUUCAUAUACACCUGACGGACGGACCAUUCAUUUAACUACAGUGUGGGAAAGUUCCGACACGGAAAUGGGUAAGAAAGUUCGCUUUACAAGGCAUCAUACCUCUGCGUUUGAUAAUCAGGGCCCGCUAUCAUUUCAUCAGGUCGGCCAUGCUCAGGAGGUCGAAUCCAAUUCACUGAUAGCGAUCUCGAAUAGCGGCUCUUUCCGCGCGGUGCUAAAGGAGGUGACUCGAAAUUCGGAGACCAGACAGUACAUCGAAAUUUGGGAUGCCACUACAAAGUUAGACUGUCUCGAUCUAGAGUCGGCCGGAGUUCACGGCAAGGUUCACACAACGGGCAGCUUUGCCUCCUUCCAAUGGGGUCACAUUGAGAACAAGCUGCUCUAUAUUGCAGAGCGAAAACCUGCGAAAAAGGACUCAUACUUCACCCGUAAGUUGGCGUUAGACGCCGAACGUGGUACCGAAUAUCAGUUGGACGAGUCCUAUGGAGAGCAGCAGGAAGAGCACGUUUCUCCUGUGAUCUGUGUACUCAAUGUUGCUAACAUGGCCGUCAGCGUUAUUCAAGAUUUUCCCGAUUUGUGCGCUCCUGCCCAGGCCAUAUGGGCACCCGACGAUAACGGUAUCGUGUUCGUUGGAUUCCAACAGUACGCCUAUAAACUAGGCUUGACCUACUGCAAAAAUCGUCAUUCGAAACUGUAUGUCUACGACUUGGAGCAGCAUACCUUUUGCACAAUUGGCGAAACGGACAAAGCUAUCUAUUCGCCAAGGUUUAGUCCGGAUGGAACGACAUUGGUCUAUCUUCAAAGCGAGGUGGGUGGACCUCACGGUCAGAGCUGUCAACUGAUGAAGUGCUCCUGGGAAAAGAAGGAAAUUCUACUUAUCGUCGAUACCAUUCAGAACCCAACAAGCCUUGAGUUUCCUGGCCUUUAUAUUGAGGAACUGCCUCGCCAUUGUUGGGCGGCUGACAACAUAACCGUUGUAGUAUCAUCAAACUGGCAUUCGAAGGUCGAACUUCUCGCUGUAAAUACUCUUAGUGGCGAUCUGAUUAAAUUGAGCAGAGAUGAAGCUGUCGGCCGCUGGCAGGCUCUAUGUAUACGUGAUAAUAUUGUUAUUGCAUCGCUGUCCUCCCUCAACGCCAUGCCACAGGUCGCAGUUGGUGUGCUGACAGCUGAUGGCGGAGUGAAUUACUGGGCAUCGAUCGAUUCCGAUGAGUCAAAGGUGCAGGGAAUUUGCUGGUACAUUUUACAGUUUGCCCCGCCUGAUGACAGCCACCAGAUCUUCGAAGCCAUUCUUAUAUCGCAUAAAAACGAGAAAGAGCUUCCGCUGAUUGUGUGGCCACACGGCGGUCCGCAUGCCGUGUUCCAUGCCGGUUUCCAGGUUUGGCCAAUUCUUUUUGUGAAAUGUGGUUUUGCGGUUCUUCUAGUCAACUAUCGAGGAUCGAUCGGAUUCGGCGACGAGAAUCUGCGCUCUUUGGCAGGAAAGAUCGGCGUACAAGACGUUUUUGAUGUACAGUGCGCCGCCGAAGUGACAGCCCAGCGUGAGGAAAUUAAUCCGGCAAAAAUUGUUAUUUUUGGUGGAAGUCAUGGUGGAUUUCUUACAACCCACGCCAUUGGUCAGUAUCCAGAGUUCUAUAAAGCAGCGGCUAUGCGCAACCCUGUCGUUGAUCUGUCGAUGAACGGUCCCACAGAUAUUCCUGACUGGUAUUGGUAUGAGGGUGGACUGGCUGGUGAUUUCAUGUUCGACAGUUUGCCGGAUGGGGAAGAUCUUAAAAAUCUAUGGAUGAAAAGCCCUAUCCGAUACGCUAAAAACAUUAUGACACCAACAUUUUUGCUGCUGGGUAGUGAAGAUCGACGCGUUGACAUGGCUCAAGGCAUGAAACUGUAUAAGCACCUCAAAGCAAGAGGGGUGCCUACUCGAUGCAACGUCUAUAAUGACGGCCACGCCCUAUCAAAACCUGCACAUGACGCAGACUGCUUUGUCAACACCGUACUGUGGUUUAAAAAAUUCCUUGCCUAAGCAACUUGCGGGUAAACGUUGACCCACAUCAGAAAUGGAAGUUGCAGAUUCGACUAACGAUCUCUAACUCUAGAGGGGUGCGUUGAAGAGGGUUGUGCUGACAGAGGCAGGGGCGCCUGAAGUUUCUGUACAAAUGGGGUAGAGUUAAAAGGCGAUUGGACGGAAUCCUUCGGAACGUUCGCCUGUGAGGCGGCUGUCCUGAAUAACAACCAGUGUAGCGGUAAAAACGCGAAAAUGGCACAAGGCGGGAUUAAAGUACAGCCGCAGGACUCAAUACACCGGCAAGAAUAUUUAAUGCUGGUCAGCUAAUUCAGUUAAAUUAAUUAACGUGUGGAUACAAACAUUUUUGUUUCAAUCAUUGUGUGCGUGCAUGUGCAUAUCUAAAUCCUUGGCGAACGAAUGGACUCUCUGGAUCGGGAUCUUGAAUCGGGGGGAGGGACUUAGGGGAACGUCUAUUCAACUUAUUUGGAAUUUUCACUGAGACGGUCAUUGCUCCAUUUCUGCUGUGCUGUCACAAAAUAUCCUCAGUUGUAUACUAUCGUAUUUAUACUUUAUGAUAUUAGUGGGGAGUGGUCUAAGUGUAACCAAGUGUAAAAAUUCACUUGCGAUACAGUUUCUUGUGAAAAUCAUUCUUACCCAUUGCUCGUUCGGGUGAAUAGUCGUAUUGUAUAUAAUCAUGUAUAUGAAAUGACCGAGACAGAUUACAUACUAUGUAGUAACUGCGCACGUACAUAACCAUAUGCAUUCAUAAUCAUAUUCCUUGGCAUUCGAUCGUCCUGAUUCACCAUCAGGGCCCUAUAUGGACACCGAACACAGCCUUUGUACUCUGCCUCCUGGAUCAUUGUUAUUUCUCAGCAAAACAAAUAUGCAUCACAGUUCCGCAAUAUAUUCUAACUGCUGAGAAGAGAGAAUUCAAGAAGCCUACGAAUUUUCCUCGAAUUUUCCCGCACGUCCUGCUCGUGCAAGGCUAUUUAAUCUUUGUAAGAUGGUAUACAAUUCAUUGAAUAAUAAUAUUGGACAUCAUUGUUUAUCUGGUCCAGAUUACGUCGCAUUUAUUAAUGUAUAGCAAGCUAUCAUUGAAAGCAAAAUAAACAAUUUGAUUAGCAAAACGUUCCAGAGGAGUGUGUGCUUAAUAAGGAUUUCAUUCGGAAUUGAAAUCUUUUCCAGUAAGUACUAAAAGUACGUCUAGAGCUACAAGAUCUAGCGGCAAAGAAGCCCGACCAAACUUCGAUGUGGCUGUCACAAACAUGAGGAAACAGACAAGAUUUACGCAAAAUUAUGCCCUAAUCCGUCAUACUUUGAGCCGUGUGCAAUAUGGAUCCAUGCCAAACAAAUAAACUAGGCUUCGCUGCUGGUUUGCUAAUACACGCGGUAGGCUAAGGUAUUUUGCAGAAUAAGAAAGUGAGUAAUAAAUGGUAUUUUCACCCUAAGAAAUUUAUGUUAAGCAAUGUUGAUGAAA